AAGCCUGGAGCUGUAAAAAAUAGCUGCGGUGGUUGUGUAGGCGGGUUUUCGUAUGACCUCAGUUCCUGUGUUCAGUAACCAAAAUAAUAACGAGAGGUGCUUAAAUCAUUUCGAGUUAGAAGUUAAACGGUGGGAAGGAAUUGUAGUUUCGUUUACUUUUGUGGAGAAUGUCUUCAAAUUCCAAUUUGAGCGCAAUGGAGAGGCUAGUGGAGCAGCUGAGACUGGAAGCUGCUGUCGAGAGAAUUAAGGUUUCUCAAGCCGCAGAUGAGCUACAGCAGUACUGUCUACAGAAUGCCUGUAAGGAUGCACUGCUUGUUGGAGUCCCUGCAGGAAGCAAUCCAUUUAGGGAGCCCAGAUCAUGUGCCAUAUUUUGAAAUUAGGAAAUUCGCAUAUUUUGAAGACAAGGAGGGCUGAUUGGGAAGUACACACUUGGCAAAUGGUACAAAAACACUGCCUCACUUCUGGAGAACACAGUUACUGUGCCUUUCCAUAUAUUGGGCCAAAAUAGUUAUAUUUAUAAACACACAAAAAUGUGGUUUAACUAAACCUUUGUUAUUAUUGGUUUAUGUUUAACUUUUGUUUUUGUUUUAUAAAUCCUGCAUGUUGUCUUUGGGAAUUUGUACUAUAGAACCUUGUUUGAACUUUUGUUUACACUUUUUAAGAGCCAAUUAAUGAUGCCCUUUCUGUGACGGGAGAAUUAAGUUAUAUAUAUAUAUAAAGGUAUAUAUUCGUGUUAAACAAAAGAUUACCUAGAGCCAUUAGGCCAUCUUGGAGUUUUGUAUACAGUAACAGACCCUGCCGUUUUUAAUAUAAACAAACUGAAAUGGCCACCUGAGAGAUUCAAAACAGCUGUCUAGUCCCUUUGUUUACUGGCAAAAUGAAAUACUAAUGAUUUGUAAUUUGGCUUUUUUUGACAUUUGCUUUAGAUUUGCUUCAUAUUGAAAUGAGUGAUGCGCUAACUUUUGUUUCAUUAUACAAUAUUAGUGUAUUUGGUGGUACUGACCUUGUAAAAUAUGAAUUUGUGUUUUCAGUAAAGUGUAUUUAAUAUAAAUUCUUUAGAUGACUGGUCUUAGUUGAAAAACAUCCCUUCAUACAAAAGUUUUUUUUAUUGAACUGAAUUAAAAAAAAUUUGGUACAACUGA